GCAGCAACAGCCUGGUCGACGUCGACAACAUCGUCACUUUCAUCAUUUGUUGAGAAAGCAGCAAGCAUCCGUCAUCUGGAACCUUCUUCAACACGAUUUUCGAUGAACAAGAUCUACCGUUCGUCCUCGCAAUCAUAUCCUUAUCCACGUACGCACACACUUGUUGUUGUUCCUCCGACACGGCCAAUUAUGGAGAGUAAUGCCGAGAAAGGGCAUGCUAAAAUGCGGCCUCCAUUGAAUCGCACCAUACCACCGAUACCGGAAUCGAAGUCCAAUGAUUCAAUUAUAACUCAUACCUUGGAAAAGUGCACUGAAAUUCUUACUGAACACCAACCUUCAACUUGCCGAGCCCUUCGAGAACCUUCAUGCGUCAAAUCGAUGGGAGACCUUGUUCCAUCAUUUACUGCCAAGGAACUGCGAAUAUCUUCACAAAAGACUGAGAGCGAUGGAUCAUCAGUUAUCGAAAGUACAACGGCGCACUGUUUGGUAGCAAAAACUGCAGCAGUCAUUUCCAACCGAAACAAACGGCCAGAAGAUGUUCCACGAAGCCCAUUGAUGAGUGUUGCCCACUCCGUGCGGUCAAAGCUUACAAAACUUGGAAAUCGUUUUAGCUGGUCAGAUGGGAAUCAAAAUAUCCGUAUCAGUACCAGCUUAUCUAGCAUGCGUCGAGGUCCUUUCGAUAAACUGAGCUAUGUACCAUCUAAUACGCAAUUCAAGAAAUCGGCGAGUAUGGAGACGCGAACCAACCAAGACUCUACAAAGGAUUUAGUCAAACCUGUCCCUUCCAAACAAAUUUUAGGAAGCAGUGCACUAAGAAUCCCGAAAAUUCCGAAAUCACGAACAUCUUUAGACGAUCAGUCAUCAUAUCUGGAAACUUCUAAGCGAAGCAUUUUUUUCACUCAGGACAAAUACUGCAAGAUUAUCAGACCUAAGAAUUUGCCACCUAGACCGGGAAAUGAUACGAAGACGAAUUCAAUAGUGAAAGCUUUCAAGAUACAUCUGGAACCGAGAGCUACACAGACUGUCUCACCACCUGAUAGGAUUCGUCAACUCAAUUCGCCCACUGCAGCAUUCACAAUGACUGCUGGGAUACAUACUUCCAAGAAUCAAGAAAAUAUUAAAGAAGCAAAAAUCAAGCCUGCAACGAAUAUUUUUGUAAGAAGUAAUACAGAGCAAGAUGCUUACCGAACAUCCCGUUUGAAAUCUCAACAUAAUAGAGGUGAUCAUGAACAGAUGAAAGCGGGAAGUACUAAUCGACAAAGUUCUUUUAUACCGCUCUACACAACACCACCACGAAGAUUGUCUGCCAGAAAAUCUGGUACCGAAACGGGCCAGGCACCGUUGGCGGAAUGUGAAUCAUCUUGCAUUGAAAAUUCGCCAGCUUUUGAAGUGCCCCCAGUAAAAUUUAUUCCGGGUAAAAUUCAUUAUAUAUGCACCAAAGGAAGUUCGGAAGACGGGACUACAAAAUCACAAUCAUUGGACCCUAACUCGUCAACAAACUCAAUGAGAGAAGCCUGUAAUAAGCGGUUUUUGAGCAAUGAGUCAACUCACAAUUGUGGCAAGGCAACAAGGAAAGGAUCGUUAGAUAACAGAAAAAGGGAUGGCUGUACAAUGAUUAAUGUUACACUACCAGACAGUUUAUUAAAUAAUAAUUUAUCAAACAAUCCUUCUACCGAUUGCUCCUGUGACAAUGAUGCCAAGUCAGGGAAUAGUCCCAAUGACUUCGUUUCACCAACCGCAAUGACUUCAUCUGGAUUUACAACUUCAUCUGGUUUUCAAGAUUUUCCUGAUAAAUCUUCAGAUAAAGAUGCAGAAUUGAGUGAGCAAUUUGUCGAUAUGACCAUCAUCGAAAAAAGACGCAGUAUCCUGCAAAAGCAUUCUGAUGCAGCAAUUCUGAUAUAUCAAAAACAUGAUAAAUUAAUGUUGCACAUUUAUCUUGGCAACUGUAUUGACAGAUUUCUAAAAGCCAUUUAA